AUGUCUACUACGGAAGCCAAACUUCGUCAACUUAGAAUAAUUGACCUUAAGGAGCUUUUGGUUAAGAAAGGAUUACCAGUUUCUGGAAAAAAGGAAGAAUUGAUUGCUAGGAUUUUAGCAACUGAAGAUAAAAAACCGGAAGAUGCCGCAAAUCAAAAUCAAAAUAUAGAAAACAUAGACAAUAACGAUACUACUUCAACGACUCUUAAAACAGAAACAAAAAAUGGCAGUUCAGACUCGUAUGAAGCCCCUGUCGUAUUAGACGAAGACUGGUAUAAAUUCACUACCGAAGACAUUGCAAAUCUAUCUAAAGAUCCUGAAUUUGAAAAUCUUACUUUUCCUACUUCGCCCUCACAAUCUAUUGCCUCAAACAAAGAGUUCAUACCUGAUAAAGGAAAACCAGAGGUUUCUAAAGAGAGAUCUAUAAAACACGAAGACCGAAAGAAUGACACCUCUAAACCUCCUGAAAAUGAUAAGAAAUCCGAUAUUCUUGUUAAACCGUCCGGUUUCACUUGUAAAAAAAUUGUAUUUGACGAUGAACCUACGACACCAGUUACCAAAUCUCAGUCUGACUUGUCAGCUGAAUUAGAGAGAAGGAAGAAACGCGCUGAGCGUUUUGGAAUUCAAUUAUCUGAUGCGGACAAAAAACUCCAGAGAGCAGCGCGAUUUGGAAUCGAAACUUCAAUUCCGAUUGAUUCUCCACUCAAAGCUCCAUUGCCUGCGCCGCCUAGAAAAUUUUCUGUUGAUGAUGAGGAGAAAUUACGAAAAAGAGCUGAAAAAUUUGGUCUUGAUAAUUCACAGACGAAAACCACAAACCUUGCAAAUGAGGAGGAAGAAAAGAAAAGAAAGAGAGCUGAGAAAUUUGAAACAGGG